GUUUGGGAUAGAGUUUGAACGCAAAAAGAAACAGAAAAAAAAGUUAUGCUUGCUUUGCCUUCAGUCCUUUUCGUUCGCGAUCCCCCCCGCGCACCAACGCAGCGGAGCUGGAGGCGAGGCCCGAGGGUAUUCUUCCUUCCUUCGCCGCUAAGCACGCCACCACGAGGAUCCAACUCAGGAACAGGGACCAAUCAGAUUGCAUUCAGAUUUGGGGGAGCAGGAGGAGCCAUUGUCGGUGUUCUUGUCGUCGUCGGAGGUCGAGGGAUGGUAGGGGUGCUGUCGAAUCGCGUGGAUCGGGACGACCUCAAGGCCGGGGAUCACAUCUACACUUGGCGGGCUGCCUACAUCUACGCCCACCACGGGAUAUAUGCUGGACAUGGCAUGGUUAUCCAUUUUACAAGGGCAGCUGGACAUGAGAUUGGAACAGGAACAUUCUUGGAUUGGUUCCUUUAUAGCUCCUCUCCGGCAGCAACUGAGGGUCCUCCCUGCCAGAAAUGUGGCCACCUAGUUAAGUCUGAUGGGGUCAUCACUUCUUGCCUCGAUUGCUUCUUAGAUGGGGGUAGCCUGUACCUGUUUGACUAUGCCGUGUCGCCUGCUUUCUUCCUUGCCAAAGCUCGUGGAGGAACCUGCACCCUGGCUGCCUCUGACCCCAGUGAUGUUGUGAUCCACCGUGCACGAUACCUCCUGGACAAUGGGUUUGGCAUGUACUCCCUGUUCAAGAACAACUGCGAGGACUUUGCCAUAUACUGCAAGACUGGGCUGCUUGUGGAGACUGCUUUCAGUGUUGGCCGUAGCGGGCAGCUUGCUUCUCUGACUGCUGCCUUCAGUGCUGUGGCCUCAUCGCCAUUGCGUUUCCUGACAACCAGUGCUGGUGGCCUGGCAAUUGUGACCAGCGGCAUGUAUUGUGUCGGGCGAUAUGUGUCGGAUAUUGGUGUUCGGCGUGAUGUUGUCAAGGUCCCUGUCGAAAGGCUUGUGGAACAGAAUGUUACUUCGAUUCCUCAAAGUCGGGCUACAGAGACAGAUAUCACAUCUGGAGCACCACAGCAGCAGAUGGAGGUUCCUUGUGUGGUUGCUGAGGAAGCAUCCAUUAUACCCCCCACAGCGCCGUGAUCCAUUGGUGAAAUGUCAUAUAACAGGUGUUGGCAUGAGACAAGACAACUGGAACUACUUGUGUGGAAGUAUAUGUAAUGAUGUAUGUAUCUGGUGGUGUUAUGUAAUCCAUGGUAGUUGCUGCUAAUGUUCCAAGCAAGCAAUGAUGAUGUUGGAUGUGAUUCCAUUGCCGUUAUUAUUACAGAAUUUAAAAGACCUGUAUUUGCACUCAAUUAUGCAGGAGCUUGAUGAUGUCUGUUAUACAGUUGCUUAUGGAUGCAUCUAAUCUAAUUGUGCAAAGUUGCUAUA